AUGGCGUCCGAACGUUACAGUUUCUCUUUAACAACUUUUAGCCCGUCUGGUAAAUUGGUUCAAAUAGAAUAUGCGUUGGCGGCUGUCGCAGCGGGCGGUACAUCGGUCGGCAUUAAAGCUUCGAAUGGCGUCGUUAUUGCUACAGAGAAUAAACACAAGAGCAUCCUAUAUGAUGAGCACAGUGUGAACAAAGUGGAAAUGAUAACUGGACACAUUGGCAUGGUUUACUCUGGCAUGGGUCCAGACUACCGCCUACUGGUCACGCAGGCCCGGAAAAUGGCACAACAGUACUACCUUAUGUACCAUGAGCCCAUCCCAACUGCUCAACUAGUGCAGAGGGUAGCUGCGGUCAUGCAAGAGUACACACAGUCUGGAGGCGUGCGACCGUUCGGAGUAUCCCUACUGAUCUGCGGCUGGGAUGAAGGCAGACCGUACCUGUUCCAGUGUGACCCCUCCGGUGCCUACUUCGCGUGGAAGGCCACCGCAAUGGGCAAGAACUUCAACAACGGCAAGACUUUCCUUGAGAAGAGGUAUACAGAGGAGUUGGAGCUGGAUGACGCCGUCCACACAGCGAUCCUGACCCUGAAGGAGGGCUUUGAAGGCCAGAUGACGGCUGACAACAUCGAGGUGGGCAUCUGCGACGCCAGCGGCUUCCGGAGACUGGAGCCCGCCCACGUCAAGGACUACCUCGCUAACAUACCA